UCCCAAUUCCAUCAAAAUCAAGAGCCACCAAUUCUCACUCUAAAACAUCAUCCAUCAUCAUCAUGGAGAACAACAACAACAACCACAACCAACAACAACAAACCCAAUAUCCACCUCCGCAACCCACGGCGGCCACUCCUCCACCAUUCCAACACCUCUUACAGCAACAACAGCAACAGCUUCAAAUGUUCUGGUCCUACCAAAGACAAGAAAUCGAACACGUCAACGACUUCAAAAACCACCAACUCCCAUUAGCACGCAUUAAGAAAAUCAUGAAAGCCGACGAAGACGUCCGCAUGAUCUCCGCCGAAGCACCCAUCCUCUUCGCUAAAGCCUGCGAGCUUUUCAUUCUCGAACUCACCAUUCGCUCUUGGCUUCAUGCGGAAGAGAAUAAACGACGGACCUUGCAGAAAAACGACAUCGCUGCUGCUAUUACGAGAACCGAUAUUUUUGAUUUUUUGGUUGAUAUUGUUCCGAGAGAUGAGAUUAAAGAUGAAGCUACCAUUGUUGGGGCUACUGCGAGUGGUGUUCCUUAUUAUUAUCCUCCUAUGGGGCAACCUGCCGGGAUGAUGAUUGGUCGUCCGGCGGUUGAUCCGGCUACGGGGGUUUAUGUUCAGCCGCCUUCUCAGGCUUGGCAGUCUGUUUGGCAGACUGGUGCGGAUGAUGGUUCGUAUGCUGCUGCCGGUGGUGGUGCCAGUGGUCACCACAAUGUCGAUGGCUAGAGCAGCUAAGUAACCACACCGCUGAAGAUGGAUUGUCAAGACGCUGGACUUCUGCUAUGUUGCUUGGAAUUUUUUUAUUGCUUGCAAUUUAGAAAUGGUUUUGUUAACUUAAUUUGUAUGGGGUGGCAUCAAGAACAUGUUAACUUGAUGAUCAACAGCAUGAUUUAACUGUGUAUGUACAAAAAGUAAAAUGGAACAAUGAUCCUUCUGUGCAAUGUGUGAAACGUGUUAAUCCUGCUAACAGAUUUUAGGCUGUGUUCUUGCA